AUGAACAAUUUGUGGGAUCAAAUUCGACGGUCUCAGGAUGAAGAUGAUGAAGAGAUGAUGGCCACCAACGCCAUUGUCAUGGCUGCAGUCGCAGAAGAAUCUGGAAACCAACACCGAGGGCACGGUUCUCAUCCGGGUCGUGCACCAAAUGAGGAACGAUUUAGAGAAGAAAGGGGCAAAGGUAUGUUGGCCGACUACUUUGUCGACCGGCCAGUGUUCAAAGAUCCGGAUUUCCGAACACGUUACAGGAUGAGUCUCAAUCUCUUCAUGCGUAUAUCUACUGACCUUUGCCAGUAUGAUCGUUACUUUGUUCAAAGGUCAGAUGCUACCGGCAAAGUCGGACUGCUUCCGGAGCAGAAGAUGACAGCUGCCUUACGAAUGCUUGCUUACGAAUACCUCCGCGCUCCUACUGCAGCCGACCUCAGACGACUUCUUGCCAAAGCUGAGAGGAGAGGUUUUCCAGGAAUGAUUGGGAGCAUCGACUGUAUGCAUUGGCAAUGGAAGAAUUGUCCGACAGGUUGGGCUGGAGAAUAUAGUGGUAGGAAACAGAUCCCCACUAUCAUCCUGGAAGCAGUCGCAUCUUACGACACCUGGAUUUGGCACGCAUUCUUUGGAAUGCCCGGGGCAUGCAACGACCUGAACGUCUUGGCAAAGUCUCCGUUGUUUGAUGAGCUUACCGCCGGUAGAGCACCUCUGAUCCAAUUCCAAGUUAACAACAGAGCUCACAAUCUAGGGUACUAUCUCGCAGACGGUAUUUAUCCUCGAUGGGCGACUUUCUUGAAAACUGUUCGAAAUCAUACACGCCCCAAGGAAAUCGAGUUUGCAAAGGCUCAAGAGGGGUAUAGGAAAGAUGUAGAGAGAUGUUUUGGUAUAUUACAGUCACGGUUUGGCAUUGUUAGAGGAGCUGCUCGUGGGUGGCAUAAAGAGGACCUUCGAUACAUUAUGUUGACGUGUAUUAUAUUACACAACAUGAUUGUCGAAAAUGAACGACCUGAAGACAGCGAUGAUGAGUUGGAGUCCGAUGAUGAGGAGGAUAACAAUAUGAGGCCCAGGAUUGCUGAGGUAUGGGAGGGACCAACCGGUAGAGACUUUGAUCCUGUUGGUAGAGAUGCUCAUCAUAUGAACGGAUUCAUGGACCGCUACCAACAAAUUAGAUCUGAGCAGAGUCACUCCAACCUUCAGGAAGACCUCAUUCAACACUUUUGGGAAUUUCAAGGCAAUAGGAGUAUCUAG